AUGUCCUGGCUGCUGCUGCCCCUGCUGAGGAGCCGGACUGCGCACAGCCUGCGGCCCCUGCCCGGCUGCCGCCCGCGCCACGCGGCUGGGGCCCCGGCGCUGCUCCUCCGGCCGCCUCCCGCCCUGGCCGCCGUGCCGCUCCCCUCCCGAGGCCUGGGAACCCACCCUAAGCGCGAGCCCAUCGAAUCGCUGAACACGGCGCAGGGAGCCCGCGACUUCAUCUACAGCCUGCACUCCACAGAGAGGAGCUGUCUGCUCAAGGAGCUGCACCGCUUCGAGUCUAUAGCCAUAGCGCAAGGAAGAAGUUCCAGUCAACUGACAAGGACCUCUCCUCACAGUGUCAGAACUGUGGUGAUGAUGCAACUAACUAGUGCUGAAAAAUUGGAGGCUCCACCACCUUCCCAGGCACAGCUGAGAUAUUGUUUUUCAGUAUUCAUCCACAAUGCAUUACCUUUCGUAGGGUUUGGCUUUUUGGAUAAUGUAAUUAUGAUUGUUGCAGGAACCCAAAUAGAGUUGUCUAUUGGAAUUAUUUUGGGGAUUUCAACUAUGGCAGCUGCUGCUUUGGGGAAUCUUGUUUCAGAUUUAGCUGGACUUGGUCUUGCAGGGUAUGUUGAAGCUUUAGCUUCCAGGUUAGGCCUGUCAAUUCCUGAUCUCACACCCAAGCAAGUUGAUAUGUGGCAAACACGAGUUAGUGCACACUUGGGCAAAGCUGUCAGAGUGGCUAUUGGUUGCAUUUUAGGAAUGUUUCCUUUAUUGUUCUUUAGAGGAGAAGAAGAAGAAAAAAAACUGGAAGAAAAAAAUUAACUGUUUUAGAAUCUAUAGAAAGAUGUAAAAUAAUGUACCUUACCUAUUAAGUAUGCUGUCACAAUAUUUAGGAUUAAGACAGUAACUAUGUAUAGAUAUGGGAACAAGCAAUUAAGCAUGUUUUAUUAAAACACUAACUUAUUGUGGCUUGGUGUUCUUAGUACAUCUUUUUAUAAAAAAGAUAGGUUCUUAAUUUCAUAAAAAUUGUUGAAAUGCCUUUUCACUAGUGGCAAUCAACAUUUUCAUUUUUUUCCAUUUUUAUUUUUCAUAUGUUAUAGGCAGGCUAAUUUUUUUAGUCAUUGAUAUACUGUAUAGAUUUGGAAUUUGCUUAUUUGUUAUUAAUCAUAUAUACUUGCAUGACAACAUCCUCUUUUAUUCAUGACAAUUCCAAAUCAGCUUUGGACUUUUCCCAUAUACAAAAAGUAUUGCUUAUUUUGUUAAAGGUUUUCAAUUCCAUCAUUGUUCUUGCUCCUAGUAUCAGUUUUGGCUUGAUUUGAGAUAAUGAAUUUCCAUUCAUGCAUCGUGUUUCUCUUUCCUUAUUGACUCAUUCAUCCAAUGUGGAAAUGAAUUGUUUUAACUGUUGCUGGAGUUUUUAAAAAUUUUUUAUUUUCUUUGCUCUGAUCUUUUUGAGUCUUAAGAGCCAGAAGUUAAUGAGCUUAUCUUCUUCACACUUACAUAAAAUACACCCCACAUUAUAAAAUGUACUUUUUACUUCAUUUUUUUCUAUUUUUUGCCUUAAAACUCCCAAUUGUGAGUAAUUAUGUUAUGUUUUUGGCUCAUUGAAAAGAAAAAAACAUAAUUUUUGUUAUGUUUUAUGGGGGAAAUUAUCACAGAAUUAAACAUGGUAUUCUAUUUUUAUAGUUAAGGGAAUCAAAAGGGAGAGAAAAUACAAAUUGUAUGUGAGAAUUGAAAAUUAAGGAUACAUGAAUUCUACAGGCAAGAAAAAAUUAGAAGAAAAAAUUAGAGUCUAAGAAGAUUUGUGGUACAGAUAGUGAAAUUCAGCAGAAUUGGAGAGGUUCUUGUGCUCUCUUGAAGAAGAGGGUUUUUCAAAAAUUUCAUCUUUAUCAUAAGAUUUCCAUUGCUGAAAUAUCUAAAAUUCUCCUCCUACUUGAGAUCUCCACAUGUGUACUUUUUUAUGGAUAGAGUUUCAGAAAAAAAAAUAUUUUGUGGGCAAAACUA